AUGUCAUUAUCAAAAUCUCUUUGUCAACAGUGUGCCGAUCCUUCAUCGGAUGUUUGCUUUCAUUGUCAAUUGCCAUUAUGCAUGAGUCACCUUGCACUUCACGCUUUUGUAGUUCAAGUAGAAUUGAAUGAAAUUAAAUCGCAUACAGAUCAAUUAUGUUCUGAAUAUAUCUCGUCAUCUUCAUCGAUUGAAAAAUGUCAAGAAAAACUAAAUAAUUGGCGAACAUUAAUGAUUGAAAAAAUCAAUGAAGAAUAUUUGAAAACGGAUAAUAAAUUAAAACAGCUUGAUUACGUAAAACAUGCCAAUGAUUUUUCUACGAAAAUAAAUCAACUUAUUCUAGACCAGACACUUUUACAACCACAACAAUUCAAUGAAUUAUACGAACAAUUGAAGAGAAUUAAAGAAAAUCUUAUUACAAAUGAGCAAACAUCGAUUGAAAUUGAUGUUAAAAAUGUUAAAUUAUAUGGUGAAUUAACGUUAUCCAUUGGUGAAAAGAAACCUGAAUAUGUUAAAUUUUCAUUAAAUAAAUUAAAUUCGUUGAUACCAAUUCAAGAAUAUCCACUUCAAACAUCGUCGUGGCGAAUAACAUCAUCCGAUGAAUAUAUCCUCGUUCAGGAACAUACCGAUCAUCUUGUACUCUACGAUAAAGAAUUGAGACUACAAUUUCAAACAACAUGGAAUAAAGACAAUUAUGGCUUUAUUUGGGAUUUAACUUACUCAGAAUAUUUGCAAUUGUUUAUGAUUUUAACUGAUAAAAAAUUAUUCACCUAUCAACAGCCAAUUCUCACUUGUAAAUGUUUUAAAAUGAUUAAUCAAAUUGAUCAAUUUCAACCAUAUGAUAAACAUACCCAUUUUCAGUCCUUAACUUGUUCAAAUUUGACAUUAUUCUUACUUUACGAUUGUGGUGUGUAUGUUGAACGUUAUGUUUUACCAUCGUAUGAUCUCGUUUCUCGUUGGCCGAAAGAGGAUAUAUUGCAAUCUAAUGAUCAAAUUGUUUCAUGUAUUAGAUCAGAUUUGCAACAUGUUGCCAUGUGUAUUAAAGGUGCAGAUGAACAAUGGAGAGUUGAUAUGUUCGAUUAUCAAAUGGAACCAUUUCGCCGUAUUGACCUUUGUACGACUUAUAACAAUACUCAAAAUUUUUAUCAAACAUUUGUCACUCCAGUCAUGCAUAAUGGCCAGUGGUUAAUCGUUCAUGGUAAACAGUUAUGGUUAACAACAGAUGAAACGUGUGAUCAAAUUGAACAUUCGAUAUUUGAAAGGGGCGGCGAAGGUUACGUAAGAAAAAUAUGUUCAAUGGGUGAUGAUUAUUUAGUGUUUAAAAUGGUUGAGCCAAAUCAACUGAAAUUAUUUAAGAUUCAGUAG